AUGCGUGAGAACAUUGCAGAUGGUUAUAUGGUUGAAGCAGGUAGUGUCCAAAACUCGGACAUGGUAUACUAUAUACCACAUCACGCAGUGAGCACUUCGAAGAAAUUUAGAAUUGUGUAUGACGGAAGCUGCAAAACGAGUUUGGGCUUAUCAUUAAACGAUGCGCAAUUCGCUGGGCCAAGGCUGCAGUGCAAUUUAAAUGAAAUUUUAAUGCGCUUUAGACAGCAUAAGAUCGCGUUUACAGCAGACAUUAAGUCUAUGUUUUUACGAGCGCGAUUAAAUCCGAAGCAUUGGGAUUUACAGCGAAUUUUCUGGCGCGAAAAUUCAAAUGCACCUUUGAAAGAGUAUUGGCUGGUAGUGGUUGUUUUCGGUUUAAAAUCAUCGCCAUAUUUAGCAGUAAGAUCAAUGUUGCAGAUAGAACCAGAGCUAGAGCAACAAUUCGAAGAAGCUGUAAAGGCAAUCCGAAACAACUUCUAUAUGGAUGACUGUGCCACAGGUGCGGAUGAUGAAAAGAGCGCUAUCAAAUUAGCUAAUGGCAUUAAAACAGUUUUGAGCAAAUCCGAUUUUGAGCUUUGUAAGUGGUCAUCCAACAGUGAACGCCUUGUGCAGGCAAUGGAUGGCAACGAAUCGGUUUCAGUCUUAUUCGACGAAAAGGAUGAAAUUUCUGUGCUCGGCCUGCGUUGGCAAAUUAAAAAGGAUGAAUUUUCUUAUGAAGUGCGAGAAAGAGAAAUGGCAGGUAAAUUAACAAAACGCAUAGUUUUGGGAAAAAUUGCCCGUUUAUAUGAUCCAAUGGGCUUUAUUGCACCGGUUAUAACUAGUGCCAAAAUUUUAAUGCGCAAACUAUGGUUAUCCAAUCUGUCAUGGGAUGACCCAAUUCCAUACGAACUUGAGCAAGAAUGGAAUGCAGUUUGGUCAACAAUUAUGUCAGUAGAGCAAAUCCACAUUCCGCGUUGGCUUGGAACAGGAAAGGAAAUAGGCCUGCAAUUGCACGGUUUUGCCGACAGCUCAAUUGCUGCAUAUGGAUGUGGUAUUUACUUGAGAGUGCAAAAUUUGAGCGGUCAAGUUUCGUGCCAUUUGAUCGGAUCAAAAUCGAGAAUCGCACCAGUGAAGGAAGUGACGAUUCCGAAAUUGGAAUUAGCGGCGGCCGAGCUGUUAACUAAGUUUUUCGUUAUAGUGCGCAAUGCGAUGGAAUUACAAAAUGUGCAGUAUUUCUUAUGGUCGGAUAGUACGACUGUUUUGCAGUGGAUAAGAAGACCAUUACACGAGCUAAAGGUUUUUGUAGCAAAUAGAGUAAGAACCAUUCAUGAGCUGUCUGCAAUAGAGAAUUGGAGGCAUGUGCGUACCGCAGACAAUCCGGCAGACUUAGUUAGUCGCGGCCUAACGGCUAAGGAAAUUGUGAAUAAUAGUUUGUGGUGGCACGGUCCGGAGUGGCUUUCGAAGCCUCAAGGGCAUUGGCCUGAGCCUUUGGAUGUAUUAAAGGUUCAAUCGUCAAUAGAAAUGCAGGGUGAAUUGAAAGUUCAUUCCGUUUCUUUAGUUAAGACUGAUGAGCUGUCUAUUCAUGUGAAGGGCAUGAAGAAAGAAGUGUUCCUUCUUUAUCAUUCAAAUGAUCUAUCGAAAUUGGUUCGUGUAAUGGGCUAUGUGCUACGUUUCGUGGCAAAUUGUCGUGUGAAAGAGCAAAAUAAUCCUUUUCGAAUGGCAACGAGAAGUAACAAAAGACAAGUGAGCAAUUCAGUAGCGCCUGAGUUAUUGAGCGAAGAAGAGAAAAAAAAGGCAUUGCAGUAUCUUAUUAGACGCGUGCAAAUGAAAGCCUUUCACAAAGAAUACAAUUAUUUGAAGGAGAGAAGUGACAAUGAGCAGGUAACAACAGUAAAAAAGGACAGUCACAUUGUAAAACUUUGCCCUUUUUUAGAUAAGGAUGGCAUUUUGCGAGUAGGUAGUUGUAUAAGCCAAGCUGAGCUGCCUUACGAUGCAAAAUUUCCAGCAAUUAUCCCAUCAAAAUCACGUUUGAGCUAUCUAAUCGCAUGGGAAGCUCAUCAAGCGACGGCGCAUGGUUCAGUGCAAAUCAUGAUUCAAUACAUUCGUGCAAGGUAUUGGAUUCCUAGUUUGAGAAAUGAGCUGCUAACAUAUUUGGACAAGUGUCUUACGUGCAUUCGUCAUUCGGCGAAAAUGGAAACACAACUAAUGUCGGAUUUGCCUGCCGACAGAGUGCGCGAAAACAAACCGUUUUUAAUAACGGGUUCAGUCAGAUCGAUAUUGAUUUUUCGUCAGUGCGACAUUCUAUUGGAGAAAGCCAAACUGUGCAGACGCAAUUAA